AUGCACGAAGGCAACCCGUCCGAUCCCACAGCCGGAAACGAUAGGCAUUAUGAUAUUCUAAGUCGUGUUGAUAAAUCCUUCCAGGGUCGAGAAAUCCCGUUUCGUGAUACAGCAAACUCGGUAACCGACAACUACGGCACCUCUAAAGGCGCUCCAGGUCAACUUCCGCAAAGACCAAAGAAGGAAUGGCUACAUGGCAGUCCAACAAAGAAAUCCACCAAACACAGCAACUUACAUCGUCCUUCUACCACAGUAGCACAACAACAACAACAACAACACCCCUCUCAACCGUGCUGCCUAGAAACAGGCCAGCCCACCCACCAACAACAACAAGCCCAACAUAUCUUUUACUACGGCGAUCCUCGCUACUCCCGCGGCUUCGGCCCCGUCAUGACAUUUCCAAACAGUAAUUGGAACGGAGUCACUAGAUCAGAUUACCCUCGACCCUACAGAGCGGGUGGGAACACUUAUCACGGCGGUUUCAAAUACAAGGACAAAGAUCCGUAUGACUACCGUUAUGCGGAAGAUUACGUUGAGCACACCUCGAAGUAUCGGCCUUACAUCGGCGAUCCAGAACGAGAUCAUCAUCGUCGGCACCAUCAUCAUCGAUGA